GGUGAAUCAUUUCCGGUCACAGGCUCCCUCCCCCGGAAGUGAGGCCUGAUGUAAACACCGGAGCAGGGCGUCAAGGCCCGGGAGGUCAGAAAGCCGGGCCGCGGGCGGCACCGAGAACUGGAGCUGGGAUCGGGGACGCACAGAGGUCAGGGAAGUAAUCCUGGACCAUGACUCAGCAGCCACUUCGAGGUGUGACCAGUCUGCGUUUCAACCAAGACCAGAGCUGCUUUUGCUGUGCUAUGGAGACAGGUGUGCGCAUCUACAACGUGGAGCCAUUGAUGGAGAAGGGGCAUCUGGACCAUGAGCAGGUGGGCAGCAUGGGCCUGGUGGAAAUGCUGCACCGCUCCAACCUGCUGGCCCUGGUGGGUGGUGGUAGCAGCCCCAAGUUCUCAGAGAUCUCAGUGCUGAUCUGGGACGAUGCCCGGGAGGGCAAGGACUCCAAGGACAAGCUGGUGCUGGAGUUCACCUUCACCAAGCCAGUGCUGGCUGUGCGCAUGCGCCAUGACAAAAUCGUGAUCGUGCUGAAGAACCGCAUCUAUGUGUACUCCUUCCCUGACAAUCCCCGAAAGCUGUUUGAAUUUGACACCCGGGACAACCCCAAGGGGCUCUGUGACCUCUGCCCCAGCCUGGAGAAACAGCUGCUAGUGUUCCCAGGACACAAGUGCGGGAGCCUCCAACUUGUGGACCUGGCAAGCACAAAGCCUGGCACUUCCUCUGCUCCGUUUACCAUCAAUGCACAUCAGAGCGACGUGGCCUGUGUGUCUCUGAACCAGCCAGGCACAGUAGUGGCCUCGGCCUCUCAGAAGGGCACACUUAUUCGCCUUUUUGACACACAGUCCAAGGAGAAACUGGUGGAACUGCGUCGAGGCACCGACCCUGCCACCCUCUACUGCAUCAACUUUAGCCAUGAUUCCUCCUUCCUGUGUGCAUCCAGUGAUAAGGGCACAGUCCAUAUCUUUGCUCUCAAGGAUACCCGCCUCAACCGCCGUUCUGCGCUGGCUCGCGUGGGCAAGGUGGGACCUAUGAUUGGGCAGUAUGUGGACUCUCAGUGGAGCCUGGCAAGCUUCACCGUGCCUGCUGAGUCAGCCUGCAUCUGUGCUUUUGGUCGAAAUACUUCCAAGAAUGUCAACUCUGUCAUUGCCAUCUGUGUAGAUGGGACCUUCCACAAAUAUGUCUUCACUCCUGAUGGAAACUGCAACCGAGAGGCUUUUGAUGUGUACCUUGACAUCUGUGAUGAUGAUGACUUUUAAGCACCCUGUGGGUUGUGCUAGGGACCUUCAGUGGCAGAUUGCAAAGCCCGUGUGGGGGUGGGAGUGCUGUGGAAGCUGCCACCCAGGAAGCAUUAAUGGAGCGGGCACCCACUUUGCAUUCUUCAGCGGGUGCCCACUUUGCCCCAAGCACUUCAUGAUGACUGUGUGCCUGCAGGGCCAGGCCAGGGACUCAGGGACCCAGACAGUGGACCCCCUGGAGCUCCCAGCCUGAAGAAAACUGCUAAGGACCCAGAGUGGGUGCCCUAAUCCAACCUGUGGGGAUUUUUAAAAAACUUCCCAGAAAAAGACUCUGAUGUGAUGAAUAUAAAUAAUAAAAGGCCCUUAAUAGUA